AUGAUUACUGCCACAGAUAGUAUAACACCGUCCACAACAGUGAUUCCUACCACACAUAGUAUAACACCGUCCACAACAGCGAUUCCUACCAUAGAUACUAUAUCACCGAUCACAACAGUGAUUCCUACCACAUAUAGUAUAACACCGUCCGCAGCAGUGAGUCCUACCACAGAUAGUAUAACACCGUCCACAGCAAUGAUUACUACCACAAAUAGUAUAACACAAUCCACAACAGUGAUUCCUAUCAUAGAUACUAUAACACCGAUCACAACAGUGAUUCCUACCACAGAUAGUAUGACACCGUCCACGACAGUGAUUCCUACUACAGAUAGUAUAACACCGUCCACAACAGUGAUUACUACCACAAAUAGUAUAACACCGUCCACAACAGUGAUUCCUACCAUAGAUACUAUAACACCGAUCACAACAGUGAUUCCUACCACAGAUAGUGUAACACCGUCCACAACAGUGAUUCCUACCACAGAUAGUAUAACACCGUCCACAACAGUGAUUACUAUCACAAAUAGUAUAACACCAUCCACAACAGUGAGUACUGCCACAGAUAGUAUAACACCGACCACAAUAGUGAUUACUGGCACAGAUGGUAUAACACCGUCCACAAUAAUGAGUAGUACUGCAGUAAGUAUACCAACAAGUACAAGAGAAAAUAAUCCAACAGAUUGUAUGCAGACUAUCACAAGAGUGAUUGGCAGUACAGUUUGUAUACCAACGACCACAAGAGUGAUUGAUACCAUAGUUUGUAUAUCGCCAACCACGACAGAGAUUGGUACUACAGCUGGUACAACACCCACCACACCAG